AUUUUGUUUUGUUUUCUUGAUUCCUAUGACUUCUGUAGAACAGCCACACCGAAAGAUUCACGACUAAAACAGUUUGCAUUAAGAGAAAAGCGUGAAAACUGGGCGUGCGGUCGAGGACACCAACUAACCCGCAGUUCAUCUUACUGUGGAGCUUCCAUUGGUUCGUCUUAG